GUUCUGGCCAAGAAGGAGGAGCUGAAGUCUGAAUUGGAUUUGCUCUAUCACCUUCAUGAACCCAGAGGACUACGCAUAGAGAUGGACAUCCACAAUGUUAGGGCAGCUGAGUUGCUCUUACACUCAGAACGUGUGGAUCGCCAUUGUGAAGGGGUAAAUCAAGCACUUAAUGAUUUAAAGGAAGAGAGCGCUUCACUGAUUUCGAAAAUGAAAAGUGAGACUGAAAAUUUCCGCAGCAAAAUCAUAUCCAUGAAAAGCAUAUUCCUGAAUGCUAAUAAGUCUGAUAAACUGGUAGCCCUGAGUAAUUCCUUGUCAUCAAUACUGGAUAGCCAUAACAGUGGAGUCCAGACUGCCAUGAGGAACUACCGCCAACAUGUGGAGGAGAUGCUGGGAAAGCUCUGUGACACCAAUUCUGAUUUCAUCAAAUCUUUCAGAUUAUUUUCAGAAGGUGGCAAUUUUUCUCCUGAUGAGAUCGAGAAGCUUCGUAAGAGGCUGCAUAAAGCGUCAGAUACCAUCACUUCUUUUGAGGGCUCCAUCAUGGUGGACCUGGAGGGGUUGGAAUCGUUGUGCUUAGAACAGGCCACAGAAGUUGUUAAAAAGUAUGAAGACAAAUUCCAUAGUCUAACAAUGGACACAAUCUUCCUAGAGAAUAUACAGAAAUUACUGACUAAUCUGCAGGUGAAGAUCAAAGCACUGGUUGUGACCAGCAAUUCUCAGAGCCAGCAAAUUAACUCUUACCUGGAACAGCUACGAAUGAAGAUAGAUGCCUGUGCCAGCCCCAACAUGGAUAAAGAAGUGGUGACUAGCCAAGAUCUAUAUGAAUUUGCUAAAAUUGUAAUGGAUGAAGUCUCGAAAAGGAGCUGCUACCUAACUUGUCUUCUGGAACCCAGUCCCAUUCUUCCAGAAGUUCCAUUACAGGGUCCAAUUGCAGCAGCAGCAGCUCGUGUAGAUGCCCCAUUAAGACAGGAUGGCAAGUUGGCAUUUGGGACCCCUGACAGCCUGCUGAAUCCAAGCAGAAUAGGAAAACUGGCCUUGGAUGAUGCAGCACUGGGUGUGAUAAAGAACAUCAUGAAAACACAGCAAAUCAAUGGAGAGUCCCAACAGGAACAUAAUGAUGGGAACCGACAGUCCAGUCUUGCAGUGUUUCGUCAAGGUCAGUCCUUGGCACCACGUCCGCCAUCACGACCAAGCAGUGGGAGCAUAACCAAGAAGAAGUCUGGUACUGGAAAUGGAGAAAAUCCAAAAUUUUCAUCUCAGAGUGUCCGAAAGCUGGUUAAACCCUCUCGGUUUGACAAGAAAUACCAGGUGUUUGGGGAGAAGAAAGAGGAGUCUGAUAAUUUUAAAGGCAUCCUGUUGUCACUUCUGUGGGAGAGCAACAAUAAUCUGCUGUACAUGGCCGAGGAAUUUUAUAAAAAGAAGGACCGUCGUCCAGUAGGACGCCCAGACUUACUACAGGAAACAUUUGAGGACUGUGCGGACAUGUUGGUGCUGAAACUUCAGACUUAUGAGAAGCAGGCCCUGGAUUAUCACAACAACUGCUUGCUGGAGUUUCGGGAGCAGCUGGAAGAAUUUGAAAAACUCUUAUGUAAUGUACCAAAGCUAGUAUUAGACAGCCUAAGACAGGAACACUUGGAAGCCAUGGAAAUGAAUGUAGAACAAAUACAACAGCUUUUCAAAAAAGAGCUUGAUAAAUGGAACCAAACUAAGGAGGAAAUGAAGAAUCUGCUAAGGCCAAGCCUGGGACACCCAGAUAACUGCCAAAUUCUGGAGGACAUCUGUGAGCGGGAAGAGAGGAGACAGCAGGAGGAGACUGAGGGAAUAGAGCAGAAUGCUAAACAGUUACAGGACUGUGUUUUGGAGAGCAUUCAGCGUUUUGUCACUUUCUUGGCUUCACUUGCAGAGAACAUCCUACUGGAGCUGGAUGAGGUGCUUACUGUGGAUGAUGUCUUACCAGCCAAAAUAGAAAUCCCAAAGGAGAAGCUGUUGACACUGAUCAGACGCAAGAAAGCUGGCCUGCCCUUAGAAGAUACAGAGUACCAGCCACUGAUAGAGCGUGGGAGCAGGGUCUGGCCAGGAAUUAGUCUAAAAAAUUUUGCAUACUUAAAGCUCAGCAACAUAACUGAUGGCACGUCCACUGCAUCUGUGACCACCGCCAAGACCACAAUGAGCCAUAUGUCCACACUGGAAACCAGAGACUCUGCCUACAUGAAAUUGCUGCAAGAUGCAGAGUUGGUAUUGGCAUGCAUUGUAGAGGAGCAGAAGCAGCAACAUCUGUUGGCUUUGCGUUGGAAGCAGUGGUGGAGUCAGUCCAUACUCAAAAUAAAGGAGCUGUAUUUAUGA